AUGGGAGGAUGUCCAUCAAGAUGUGAAGUUAAAUGUGGAAAUAGUUUCAGAUAUGAAGGAAGUACACUAGAAUUAAACUUUGAGCAAUAACCUAAAAUUGUAAGAAAUAAGGAUAGAAAUCGAUCAGCUUCAAGUUCUCGUUAAGGAGAAUCUUCAACUUUACCUGCUACUAAUUUUCGAAGAGAAAUAGAAUAUUCAGAUACUAUUUUACAUACAUAAUCAGAUCCGAAAAAUGAAUUAAUUGCUAGCAAUAUUGAAGUGGAAUUACUACCUGUUUUUGUAACAACAAAAUACAUUAAUGAAUCAACAGUUUAAUACAGAUAAAAUAGAUUUAUGGAAGAUUUAGAAAUUGAAGUCAGAGCUAGAAUUUAAGAAAUGUAAUUAUCAUAAUAAAACCAAAUAGAAAACAACAAGAAUAAGAGGAAAGAUAAAGAUUAAUCAUAAAAGAAAUUGUUUAGUAAUAAUUAGAAUUUAAAAAAUUGAAAUCAGAAUAAAUCUCUAACUCAAAAAAUUAUUAUUUAGAAAAUUCAUAAAAGUUUAAUUAAACAUAAUAAUUAUCAAUUAAUAAGAAUACUUCAAAAGAAUCUAAAGAUUCUUAAUUCUAAUCACUUUAAUCUAGUUCAUUGUAGUUGUCAUCUGAAAAAUAAUCCAAUAUUCCAUCAUUCAACAAUAAAACAGAUCCUCUUAAAUAUUCAACAUAAAAUCAACAUCAAAAAAUUAAAGCUUUUGAGAAAAUCAUAAGUAAUUAUUAUUUAGAAGAUAAUACUUACUAUAGCAAACAAAGAGGAAUUCUUAAAUAACAUAAUUAAAUUCCAAUUUCAUAAACUUCAAAAAGUUUGCCUAAUAAAAUAUAGACAAAAUCAAAAAUAUACAAAAAAAAAAGAGUUCAUUUUUCUUAGGAUACCAAUUUCAAUUUUGAAAAAAAAAGUGAAGAUAAAAAGUCUUCAAAAACAUGGUGGAAAUCUAUUUUUUGA